AUGGCGACGCCGUCUCCGCAGAGGCAAGUCGCGUCGGAGCACGACGUCAUCUUUGCCUGCUCUAUCUGUCAAGCAACGCUUUCGGAGAUCUACGAGAAACCUGAGAGCGCGCGGGGCCUGCGCGAUGGCCACAGUCCGGUCGAUCGCGUUGUCACUAAACUCUGGCUGACAGAAUGCGCCCAUCUUACCUGUAGCAAGCACUUGCCGGGCGGCGGCGCGCCAUUCCACCCAGCAGGCCAACAACCAACGGCGCCGUGCCCUUUCUGCCAACAGACCAAGGGCGAAUCUACACCGAAGCGGCUCUUUGCUAUUCGUAGUCGCAAGGACUAUGAUCCCCUGCUUCCGAAAGUGUGGUUUAAGGUCCCGCCCAUCUCGCUUGAUAAUAGUACGGUUGAGAUGGAGGGUCUUCGAUUUCAUUACACCUCCCUUCUCAGAUUCAGCGCCCAGACGCACUUCAAGCUUAGAGAAACUCAGAAGCUCCUGGAAGAGACAUUGACGGGAGCUGAGGCCUUUGAAAAGGCUGCGAAUGAGGCGACCGAGGAGAUACUGAAGCUGAAAUGCGAGAAUGAGCAGCUGAAAGGCAUAGAGGUGGCGGUGAAGCGAUGGGAAGCCCGAACCCCUACUAUCAAACACUACUUGGCCGGCUACACCAAACUCUGCAGCGAGAACAAAAUGCUCAGAGAGAAGCUGAGAGGCGUUGGAUACAACAUCCCCGAAGGACGAUACGCGCCGCCUGGAGAUAAUGAAGGCCGGCCUCGGCUGUCGCCAGAAGGUGCUCAGGAAAUCCAACAAGAUUUAGGCCUACUGAGCGACGAGAGUGUAUUAGCCAGAUACCGGGACACCUACGCGCAGUACAAGAACCAGAAACUUGCUCCCGCUGGAAUUGUCCAUACUGGCACUGGGAGCCACCAUGUGUCGACUUCAGUACUUGGAAACUCAACAAUGGUCGAACGCUCAGCGAACCGUAGCGACCCAUCAGAUGCUUUGAUAGUCAAAGCUUUCAAACGAAAGAGACUGGAUUCGUCGCAUGACCUUAGCAAAGUGGACAAUCGCCAGUAUGAAGUCAAGCCUCGAAUUGAGAGUCGGGAACAAAUGCCUCCGCCUCCUAAUCGUCUUUCAAAAGUUCAAGAAGAAUCUCCAAGAAAGUUCCCGGUGAGCAGGAAUGGGGGCCAUGGCUAUAGUACCGGCCAGACUAAGCGCAGUCCCGAGCUUCAGGUUUUCGAGGGUGAUCAAUGGCAGAGCCUGGUGGGACCGGACCGCAUGCAGCAUGUCGAGCGCCCGAUGCAAGACAGGAGCGCAACCAGCCUGCGAAACCUGACUGUCGACAACAGAUUACACGUUCCUUCGCCGCAGUUGAGGCACGUUCAGAGUGAUUCGAGACUUCGCGAAUCUGCUAGAGCCAGCGUGAAUCUGCCUAUCAAGUCGCCGCUGAGACGUCUAGAUCGUCCGCCAACCUCGAUGCAGCAGGAUUCUUUCUCACAGCCGAAUGAGAGCACUUCUCGUCACAUAGAGGAGACUUCACGGAACAAACCCUGGAUUAGGGACACACGUGCGAGCCCACGGUAUGAGCAAGGUCACCCAAUACAACAAACGUCAUGGACGCAGCCUGCAUAUAUGAAUGACCAUCAAUGGUAUGGCGAAGACCAUCAAACUGCGUCCCAGCAAUACUUUCCGCCUAGAAACGACCUAAUACUGACCCAGAACGGUUUCAGCACCGAGAAACCCUUCCCCGGAGCGAACCAUCCCACUAUAACCGGCGUCCUUGAUCCUAGAACUCCUGCGCCGAAGCGGACCAUCAAUGUCAAUCUAGCUGAUUCAGUCACUAGCCCGUUUUUCCGGAGCACAUCCGUCGAUCCUAUUCCAAACCGAACUCGUCCAGUCCAGGAGCCCCAGAUUAUCCGCCCAGUCUUGCCGGACGCCACGCAAGGAUAUCUUAUAGCUCCUACUCAAUCACGCUUUGCCGAGCCUCGCAGCUUGAACGGCCUUUCGUUCAUCAACUCACCACAAAACUCCAACAAUGUGCCAAUAUACGAAGACCGCGCGCCGAUUUCUGAUCCAAGACUGACUCAGCCUGCUGUUGUUUAUCCUAGCCCGCGCGAAAGCCAAGGUUUCUUCACUAGACCCGACUCCCAUCGGUCGACUUUCUCGCAACACGACGCUGUUCCACCUUCAGGCCAAUGGUACGCCCAAAAGCUCCACCCUCUUCCAUCAGCAAUGCCUUCGAUGAUGCAUGCUACCGCUCCGAGCCGAUCUGCUUCCCGAUCGUCCAGUCGAUAUCCAGGCGACAACGCACUGCUGUUCACCGGUGCCAAAAUCGGAGGCGCGUCAUCCAUUUCCGGCCGCCGUCCUGUAACCCAUCAGCGCUCGCUUGCUAGCCUGAACCCGCCUUCCCGCGGCAUCUUCUCUUCGUAUCAGGGCAUGAGGAGCGUUAGGAGGUAAAUGUCGUUCCCCAGCAACUUCCCACCUUGAUCUUGAUUUUUUUCAAACCUCCCUUUACGCUUGAUUUCUCGCUUUCCUAUUUGCGAUUUGCGGCUGUCUCUCUCCCUGGGCGGUUUUGGAUGGGGCGCAUGGGCACGCGUUAUACAGCUCAGAUAUAUCAGAGGGUCGAGGAAUAAUGAGCAUUCUUGGCCUUCUGCGUGUCUGGUGUUGCUUGUGUGACCUGGUGUCCCCUCCGUUGCGGAUAUGCGGUCGCUAAUGGCGCCUUUUGCGGAUGCGCUGAGUUUUGGAACCUGGCUAAUGGAAGUAGAUCUACGUCGGCUUUUCUGAGGAAGGUAGGCUCGAAGCUCUCGUUGAAGGAGAAGAAUGGGGAGGCUAGGUAGGUG